AAGUACAUUAAUACACUCACUUAGCAAGCUUCACACUAACCAAAGAUGGCAGCUGCCUUUCGCACCACCACCGCGCUCUCUACCAUCCUGGUGCUUUCCCUGUUCGUCGUCGUGGCCCGCUCCGACCCGGCGCCCGCCACGCCAGUGCCGCCGUCCACGGCGUGCAAUGGGACGACGGACCCCACGUUCUGCCGGACCGUGCUCCCGGCGAACGGCACCAACAACCUUUACACCUAUGGCCGCUUCUCCGUCGCCAAGUCCCUUGGCAACGCCAACAAGUUCCUUGGCCUUGUCAAUCGCUACCUCGCCCGCGGGGGCCUCUCCGCCGGGGCCGUCGCCGCGCUGCAGGACUGCCAGCUCCUCUCGGGGCUCAACAUCGACUUCCUGUCCUCCGCCGGCGCCACGCUCAACACGUCGAGCAACAGCACGCUCCUCGACCCGCAGGCCGAGGACGUGCAGACGCUGCUGUCGGCGAUCCUGACCAACCAGCAGACGUGCGCCGACGGUCUGCAGGCCGCCGCCUCCGCGUGGUCCGUGCGCAACGGGCUCGCCGUGCCCAUGUCCAACAGCACCAAGCUGUACAGCGUCUCGCUGUCGCUCUUCACCAGGGCGUGGGUGCCUCCGGCCAAGCACGGCAAGAAGCCGAGGGGCACGACGAAGCCGCCUCACCAUGGCCACGGGAGGGGGCUGUUCGACGCCACUGACGACGAGAUGGUCCGCAGGAUGGCGCUCGAGGGGGCCGCGGCCGCGGUGCUGGUGGUCGGCGCGGUGACCGUGGACCAGAGCGGCGCCGGAAACUACACGACCGUCGGCGCGGCGGUGGCGGCGGCGCCGAGCAACCUGGACGGGAGCCUCGGCUACUUCGUGAUACAUGUGGCCGCGGGCGUGUACGAAGAGAAUGUGGUGGUGCCGAAGCACAAGAAGUAUGUCAUGAUGAUCGGCGACGGCAUCGGCCAGUCGGUGAUCACCGGCAACCGGAGCGUCGUCGACGGCUGGACGACCUUCAACUCCGCCACGUUCGCUGUGCUCGGUCAAGGGUUCGUGGCGGUGAACAUGACGUUCCGGAACACGGCCGGACCGGCGAAGCACCAGGCGGUGGCGCUCCGUAGCAAUGCGGACCUGUCGACGUUCUACCUGUGCAGCGUCGAGGCGUACCAGGACACGCUCUACGCCCACUCCCUCCGCCAAUUCUACCGCGCCUGCGACAUCUACGGCACCGUCGACUACGUCUUCGGCAACGCCGCCGUCGUGUUCCAGGACUGCGCCCUCUACUCCCGGCUCCCCAUGCAGGGGCAGAGCAACACCGUCACCGCGCAGGGCCGCACCGACCCGAACCAGAACACGGGCACCACCAUCCAGGGCUGCACCAUCGCGGCCGCGCCGGACCUCGCCGCCAACACGGCGUUCCCCGUCGCCACGUACCUAGGCCGCCCCUGGAAGCUCUACUCCCGCACGGUGAUCAUGCAAUCGGAGGAGGACGCGCUGAUCGACCCCGCCGGGUGGAUGCCGUGGGACGGCGACUUCGCGCUGACCACGCUGUUCUACGCCGAGUACAACAACUCCGGCCCCGGGGCGGACACGAGCAGGAGGGUGACCUGGCCGGGGUACCACGUGCUCACCAGCGCUGCGGACGCCGGCAACUUCACCGUCGGCAACAUGCUGCUCGGGGACUUUUGGCUGCCCGAAACCGGCGUGCCUUUCAACAGUGGACUAAACUGAUUGUUGAUUGCUAAUCGGGCUAGUCGAUUGGUGCCAAGUCUUAGUGGAUGUUAUUGUGUUUGUUGCAAGAGACAGGUACAGAAUAGGUAUACAAACAGAAUAAUAAGUGGUGCAAGAACACCAUGAGGCGUGGAGUCAAAUUAGGUUAGCAAGUUGUAUCUGAUUUGAUAAAGUUUACAACCUAAUCAUAUAUUGUUAUAUUAUUAUU